UGCUGACGGAACUUCCUGACAAAGACCCCUAAAUCUGUCAACGGGUUGAACUCAAAGUAGGUGGGAACCUUUCCCGCCAUUUUCUUACUCUCUCUUCUCUAUUUUCCUAUCUGCAAAACCCUAGCAGAAAGAACCUCUAAUUUCACAGUCUAACAAUGGCAGCAGAUACUCCAAAGAAACUCUUCCAAUCCCCUGCAAUCAAAUCUAAACACCCCGGCUCUGUCACUCCUCAAACUCCGCUUCCCAUUGACCCUCCUCGCCGAUCCUCCCGUCGAUUAUCGCUUAAACUUGAUCAAAUUGCCACCCCGCAUACGCCCAUUCCCCAAAUUGAAGAACCUGUCAAGGAUUUAGUCGAGAAGUCCUCGAAAUGCCAAAGAGAUUUGAGGACUGAAUCUUUAGAGACCCAGAGAGAAAAUGAAUCUGCAAAAACCCCAAAAACAAAAAAGUCUUCGAAAGUUGUGGAUGUCGAGGUUUCAUUUUCUCCUAUAUCACCCGAUCAAUUGGAGACCAAAAAAAGGAAAAGGAGCGAAGAGAAAGAGAAAGAUAGGAAAGUGAUAAUAACAAGAGCCAUGGCAUCAAAGACUACGAAAAAGGGGGAACAAAAGACUAAUAAUGAUAAAAUUAAAAAGCGGGUUUAUUAUAAGAAAGUAGUGUAUGAUGGUGGUGAAUUUGAGGUAGGUGAUGAUGUGUAUGUGAAGAGGAGAGAUGAUGCUAGUUCUGAUAUUGAUGAUCCAGAAGUGGAGGAGUGUAGAGUGUGCUUUAAAGCAGGGAAAGCUAUAAUGAUUGAAUGUGAUGACUGUUUAGGCGGGUUUCAUUUAAGAUGCUUGAAGCCUCCUCUGAAGGUGGUACCUGAGGGGGAUUGGAUUUGUGGGUUCUGCGAGGCUAGGAAAUUGGGUAAGGAGGUUAAGUUGCCAACACCACCGGAGGGGAAAAAACGCGUUCGAACAUUGAGGGAGAAGCUUCUCUCUAGUGAUUUAUGGGCUGCACGCAUUGAGAGUUUGUGGAAGGAGGUGGAUGGUAGCUAUUGGUGUAAAGGGCGAUGGUACAUUAUUCCUGAAGAGACUGCUGCUGGAAGACAGCCUCAUAAUUUGAGGAGGGAGCUUUAUAGAACAAAUGAUUUUGCUGACAUUGAGAUGGAAUCUAUUAUUCGGCAUUGCUUUGUCAUGAGCCCCAAGGAGUAUAGUAAGGCAAGUAAUGAAGGAGAUGAUAUUUUCUUAUGCGAGUAUGAGUAUGACAUCAUCUGGCAUUCUUUCAAGCGUCUAGCUGAGAUUGAUAAUGGUGAGGAGGAUGCCGAAAAUGCUGACAGUGAUGAAGACUGGAAUUGUUCCAAGGAUGCAGAAUCUGAGACGGAUGAAGACAUGGAGUAUGGAGAGGAAAAUGUGAAGAACUUACAAGCCAGAGCAUUCUUAUCUCAUGAGUUGGCUGCUAAUUCACGGAAGGGCCAGUUCUUUGGACUUCAGAAGAUUGGGGCAAAGAAGAUCCCGGAGCAUGUGCGAUGUCACAAGAAGACUGAACUGGAGAAAGCAAAAGCAACACUUUUGCUGGCAACGUUGCCAAAGUCUUUACCUUGCAGGAAUAAAGAAAUGGAGGAGGUAACUGCAUUCAUAAAAGGUGCCAUAUGCGAUGAUCAAUGUUUGGGUCGCUGCCUUUAUAUUCAUGGUGUUCCAGGAACUGGCAAGACAAUGAGUGUACUUGCAGUAAUGAGGAACCUAAGAUCUGAAGUUGAUGCAGGAAAUAUAAAACCGUAUUGUUUUGUGGAGGUUAACGGUCUAAAGUUAGCAUCACCAGAAAAUAUCUACAGGGUUAUAUAUGAAGCAUUAACUGGACACAGAGUUGGUUGGAAAAAGGCUCUCAAUUUGCUGAAUGAGCGAUUUUCAGAUGGAAAGAAAGUGCGCAAAGGAGAUGACCGCCCUUGUAUUCUACUCAUUGAUGAACUUGAUCUACUUGUGACCCGAAAUCAGUCGGUUCUAUAUAAUAUCCUUGACUGGCCUACUAAGCCUCAUUCCAAAUUGAUUGUGAUAGGAAUUGCAAAUACUAUGGAUCUUCCAGAAAAGUUACUUCCUCGUAUUUCAAGCCGUAUGGGUAUCCAAAGGCUUUGCUUUGGACCCUAUAAUUAUCAGCAGCUUCAAGAAAUAAUUUCAAGUCGCCUCAAAGGAAUUGAUGCAUUUGAAAAGCAAGCUAUAGAAUUUGCUUCCAGGAAGGUAGCAGCAAUUUCAGGAGAUGCACGCCGUGCUCUGGAGAUAUGCAGGCGUGCAGCAGAAAUUACAGACUAUCGCCUUAAGAAAUUAAGUUCUGAUCCAAGUCCUGCAGGAAAAGACCUUGUUGGUAUGUCAGAUGUUGAGGCAGCUAUUCAGGAAAUGUUCCAGGCACCUCAUAUUCAAGUGAUGAAAAAUUGUUCAAAGCUCAGCAAAAUUUUCUUGACCGCUAUGGUGUACGAGCUCUAUAAAACAGGGAUGGGGGAGACAAACUUUGAAAAGUUGGCAAUGACUGUUUCAUGUCUCUGCACAAGCAAUGGAGAAGCAUUUGCUGGUUGGGACACUCUCUUGAAAGUUGGAUGCAUGUUAGGUGAAAGCAGAAUAAUUCAAUGUGAACCUGGAGCUAGGCACAGAUUGCAGAAGCUGCAGCUCAAUUUUCCAAGUGAUGACGUGGCUUUUGCAUUGAAAGGCAGCAAGGAGCUACCAUGGUUGGCCAAGUAUUUAUGAUUUAAGAAGACCCACAAAACUGCAUUCAUCCUUUGAAUUAUAUGAACAAUUUUGACUCAUUUUCAUUUCAAUUCAAUUCUAUUAAAACUCAUAUAUUGUUGUCGUAAAAUUGUAAUUCGUUUUGGUUUUCAACUCCGGCGAGAAACUGUAUUCUAUUUAGAGGCACUUCAUAUGAAAAUAAUAACAGUUCAACACACUGAAAAUCUGAGAUUCAUAUCA